AUGAGCGACCGGAAUGCUGCUACCGCGGGUAAGAGCGCCAAACAGGAGGCCGCUAAAGGUGACGAUGGUAAGGCCGUGAGUCGCGACAAGAGCUCGAAUACUGCCGCUUCAGGCAACCAAAAGACACCUGCCAAAAAGAGACGCAAGGUCAAUCAUGACAAGAAACUUUGGGCUGACUGCUGGGGCAUUAUCACAGCUUGCGUAUAUUGUCGAAGAUCUGAGAGACCAUGUACUCGAUGCAUCAAGCGCAAUAUUGGCCAUCUCUGUCACGAUGAGCCUCGCGAUGUCGACUCUAAGAAGGCGAAAAGUGUCCAAAGCGCCCAGAGCAUACAGACACCGUCUGUAGUUGAUGAAUCGGACGCACAAUCCGAUAUGGCUCGUAGUUCCAUCUCUAGCACCAUGGGCCCACCUCCCCCUACAUUUGACACGACGAGACAUCGAGGGUCCAAAUCUUUUGGUGGUGGAGUGUUGGGUCAAGGUAGCCCGCUGUCCAUUGUGCAACCCGGCCAGGUCUCGGGGGUGCAGGGCAAUGAGUUGAACAACGGCAGCAGUAGUAACGCGAACCAAUUCGUAGGUUUCCAAGAUGCGUGGAUGACAGCACAAAACCAUUUUCAUGAUAUGCACAGCUACCAUCCCAACUACAUGAUUGCCCCGGAAGUCACUCACGAGUUCAACCUUCUCAACGACUUUCUUCAUACAAGUCUACUCGAUGACGGCGGCGUGUCGUCAGAAGACCAACAGAGCUCGGCAUUCAAGAGGUCAAGCCAGAGCCAGUCGGAGAUGCUACCCAGGUUUGGAAGCAAUAACAACAACAACUCCAUGACUGCUGGUGGUCCAAACGCCAUGCCAAACCUGUCGGGAUCAAUGCUGCCACCCCCUCCGAACAAAGAAGGCAAGAACAUUCCACGACCGGGAAGUGUUGUGCCCGUCGACAAGGCUCGCGAAUACUAUCUCCAAGCAGCGGAUCCAUCGGGCAACGACACGCCUGAGGAGCGCAUGCAACGUGUACUUAGGGCCAAGUACGACGCCGGAUUACUCAAGCCGUUCAACUACAUUAAUGGUUAUACUCGCUUGGGUACAUACCUAGACUCUCACAUCGCAGCAUCGUCAAAAGCCAAGAUCGUAAAAACCAUCAACCAGUUCCGGCCUAAGUUCCGAGAAAAGGCACAGGCCUUGACGGAUAUGGAACUUGUGUACGUCGAGAUGUGGUUUGAGAAACAACUCAUGGAUUAUGACCGGGUGUUUGCUAGUAUGGCCGUCCCUGCGUGCUGCUGGCGAAGAACUGGUGAAAUCUUCAGGGGCAACAAGGAAAUGGCAGAAUUGAUUGGCGUGUCAGUAGCGCAACUAAGAGAUGGCAAAAUUGCGUUGCACGAGAUUCUUACAGAGGAGUCAAUGGUGCGAUACUGGGAAGAGUUCGGCACGAUUGCUUUUGAUCCGGCGCACGAGACUCUCCUGACGGCAUGCUCUCUGAAGAACCCGAGCUCAGAGUCGACACAUCCUAUUGUGAAAUGUUGCUUCUCAUUCAUGAUACGACGGGAUGAUCAUAAACUGCCCGCCCUGAUUGUUGGCAAUUUCCUGCCACAUGACCCGCCAGCACAAUAA